AUGGAUCAGUACAACUUAGAGAAGGACAUUGCCUCGUACCUGAAAGAGCAAUUCGAAGUUGAGUAUGGUCCGACGUGGCAUUGCAUGGUGGGCCGGCACUUCUCCAGCUACGUGACGCACGAGAAGGCCUGCUAUUGCCCGGAGCCGAGGAGCAAAAGAAGAAGGAAAAGAGAGUGGAGAGGAGAGAGGAGGUAA